AUGCAUGCACUAGCCUUUGAUCACCGCAUUCUAUUUCUCAAACAGCUUGAGGAGGUCAGAGAAAGAUUCUCUCGUGGAGUUCAGGCCUCUUUCAGGACCGUCUACAUCUCAGCUUUGCUGGGUUUUCUCACUGCCUGGUGCGUGAUCCGCUUGAACCCCGCCAUGAUCUUCCCCGCCUCCAGGUCCUCCAUGCGGCAAAGGACAUGCGGGACCAGUUGGGGCUCCAAGGAGGUCAAGUUCCAGCCCGCGACUGCAGGAGGCCCUUGUAAGGAAGAUGCCUCUGGAUCUCGCGAGAGGUGGGUUUCGGCGCCAGCUGGGCGAUCUCUCAUGGCUGCUCUUCAGGAGUGGUCAAGCUGGAGGUAUAAGGACAGUUUCCUCAGGUUAAUUCUUAAACGAGGGAGACACAAACUGCUCCAGAAAGUCCAGGUUGGCCGGAACCCGGCAUUCGGCUGGGUCUUGGAGGUGCUCCUGGGUCAAGCGGGGCAUAUCAUAUGUGACUGCGGUGAGAGCAGGCGCAGCCCACGCACUCGGUUUCCCUGCUCGCCCGCCGCCCCUGCGAUGCAGAAUGUGGUCUUACCACCGAGUCAUGUCCGUCCGCUGAGGCUAAGCCAGAGCCACUUCCUCACAGGCAAGAACCUUGGAGUGGGUUGCCACUUCCUCCUCCAGGGGAUAUUCUCAACAGAGGGAUCAGACCGGCCUCUCCUGUACCGCCUGUGCUGCAGGCGGAUUCUUAACCCGUUGAGCCAUCCUGAAACCCUUUAUAAAGUGGGGAUGAAAAACCAUCGUGCCAUGUAA